GUCUGUGGUUUGUGUAGUGGAUCCUCAGUCACUAUCUGAGGCUUUACAUAGGAGCGAGCUUUCACUCCUUUACUGAGAGAUAUACUAACUGAUGAUCAGUCAUCCUCCUCAAUGUGCAUGGUCAUAUUUGCUCCGCUUUUUGCAGUUUGCGCAUUUGCAACAUGUGGGGGAUAUUCUGGCCAGAUAACGGUUAAAGUGGAAUGCAUGGAUAAAACCCAAAGAAACAUCAGCAUCAGUUUUGGCUAUCCAUUCAGACUGCAGCAGGUGCACUUCAGUGUCCCUCUAUGUGAGGGUAAGAGGUAUGAGACGCUCUUCCUCGAGGGAGACUACUCCUCGUCAACGCAAUUCUUUGUUACUGUGUCUGUGUUAGCAUUUCUCUACUCGCUUCUAGCUACAGUAGUCUACAUUUUCUACCAGAAUAAGUACAGAGAGAAGAACAGAGGUCCUCUAGUGGAUUGCCUGGUGACUGUAAUUUUCUCAGGUUUGUGGCUUGUGAGCUCAAUAGCCUGGGCUAAAACGCUCUCCGGAGUGAAGACAGCCACUGAUGUAGGUCUGAUACAGAUGCUAAUGUCUGCCUGCAGAGAUGAGGAGAAUUUGUGUGAGACACUACAGGAGCCUACUUGGACCAGUCUUAAUGUAUCAGUGGCAUUUGGCUUCAUGAAUUUCUCCCUCUGGGCUGGUAAUAUUUGGUUUGCUUACAAAGAAACAGGCUUACAUAAGUCUGGUCAGCGCUACCCCUCCAGAACGCCCUCUGAGAAGCGCAGUGGAAGCAUCAGGCAGUACAGUCAAAGCAGUUUUGACCAAUCCGGAACAGGCUUUGGACAGAGGCUCUAUAGCCAGCCAAGUUUUGACCUAUCAGGUGGAGGACUCAGCCUAUUGCAGACCAAUCUGGGACAACCUAAUGUUUACAGACAGAUGGGCAGUCCUACGUCUAGAGGACCACUCAUAUUUGUCAAUGAAAGUCAGUAAAAUAAAAUAAUGCAGAAUGAAUAUACAUAUGAGGGAGCUAGUCUGGAGAAAGCAUGAGGAAAGCAAUAGAGUAAAGAUAAAAAAAAACCUUUGGAUUGUGAAUGAAAAAGAAAUGGAAUGAAUGCAAGAUACUAUAGUGUGUGCAGAGACAGGAAGUGUAAG